UUUGUUUUCUGGAACCAAUUUCUACCCUUUCUAAGAACCAAAUUUGGCAAGUUCUCCUCCACAUCUAAAAGGAAGAACUUCUUAUUUUCACUGGUGUCGAUCGCUCAGAUUGUUCAGGUCUUUCUCGCACUGUUAUCCGUGUUGUUUGAACUUACAGAUGAUCAGACAGCUACCUCCUCCGGCUACUUUUUGUCCGCCUGGAAAGCUUGAGAUACUUCUACCUUUUAUAAGAACCAGUUUUGGUAACUUCCCCUUUACAAUUAAAAGGAAGAACUUUUUACCUUUACUGGUUUCGAUCGUGAUCUUUCCGGCCGCACUGUUACGGUUGCCGUUUCAACUUACAGAUGAUCAACCAAUUACUUUCUCCUACUGCAUUUUGUCCCGCGGAAAAUAUUGUAAAUCUCCUUGUGUUUCACUCUUUUGCUUAAAGGUAUUUGAGAUCCUUACAUUAAUGAUUAUAUUAGCUACGCUAGUUCUUCUGCUAACUUUCAGAGAAAAAAUAGUAGUUCUUGUGCUACAGAAAAACGACAAGGACUUCUAUAGAUUAUUUCAACUGCUGCUUAAAUCAAGAGCUAAUUUUCCCGAACUCCCUGACGAUGUCAUUUCAAAAAUCAGUAAUCGGUUAACAUCUUUUGAAGAUUUCGUCGCAUUAUCAGGGGUCUGUCGUCCAUGGCGUUCUGCUUGUUUAAACAUGCGCUGCGGACCACGCCAUCAGUUUCCAUGGCUCAUGUUUCUGAAAGAGAGAACAGGUCCACCAAAAGUUUUUAUAGUGCUGGUCGGAAACAAGCUUUAUGAACUAGAGCUACCCAGGCUCAUGAAACGAUGUCAUGGUUCUCCUCAUGGCUGGAUUGUGACCAUGGAUCGUGAUCUACUAGCUCACCUUUUACACCCGCUCUCGCAAGCUCAACUUAGCCUUCCACAAUUAAACACCCUUCGGAACCAAAAGGUGUGCUUGUGCCUGUUGAUCCCUUUCGUUUCAUUCACAAAUGCAUUCUACUCAAGACCUCCCCCUCCCACUCCCAGGAUGAGUUUCUUGUUAUGGUGAUAUUUGGGCCAAAGCAUAGCUUGGCUUUUGCUAAACCUGGAUUUGUUGGAUGGACGACCGUUGUCAGUGCCGAUGGUUUCAAAGAUAUUCUUCUUUUCAAGGGCCAAAUCCAUGCCAUUUGUGGGAAAGGAGGCUUUCUGCGCUUUAGUUCUGAUGACCCUGAAUCUACACCAAGGUUUAUUGCCUAUCAUCCUGAAGAUGUCUCUAGAGUUGAAGAAAUAUAUCUUCUGGAGUCAUCGGGAAAACUUUUGGUGGUUUUCCGAUUUUCAUUCAGCACUCCUUUUGAGCAGAGGUAUGAGACAAAAAGGUUCUUGGUCUACAUGCUUCACCCCGCCAUCGAUGGCAAUCUAGGGACUUGGCUGAGAUUAAACCACUUGGGGGAUUGGGCAUUAUUCGUUGGAGAGGGCAAUUCUUGGUCAAUUUGCACUGCCAAAAUCCCCAUUUGCAGAAGCAACUGUAUAUACUUGACAGACAACAAUUGGGAUCAACAGGUGAGAGGAGAAGAACAGACGUUAGUAGGCCAUGACAUUGGUGUAUUUGACAUGGAGAGCAAGAAAAUCGAACGUCUGGAAUUGGGUCCUCACUCUCCUUGUUAUCAUUCCAGGUCCGUAUGGUUUACUCCUAGUCUCGUACCUUACAAGAACUGCCAGGCUUGAGGAGUACUACCAGGCAUGAAUGGGAAAUCUUGGAAAUUGUGGCCUACAAAACCGAAUAUGAGACAUUAGUUUGCCCGAUUGCUGAUGC